AUAGAGCUCACCCAAAUUCUAAAAGUGAAACAAACAAGUUUUUUUCUUUUUUCCUUGAAUGUGACACAUUACCAUUACAUUUACAUUUCAUAUACACUCACCUUCUUCUUUCUGUGGUAUCCUCAUCUCACCGAUUCUUCAGAUCCCUUCACAUCUCUUUUUCUUCUUUUUUUCCCUUUAUUUUUUUUCCUCUGUUCUUACCCUGUUUUUUUUCCCUAGAAUUCCCCUGUUUCUUUUCUUCCUUUUUUUUUUUAGUUUUAGUGCUGCAAAUCUUCAUUUUUCUGCAGUUUGAUGCAACCCUUUUUCUGGGAUUCACCCGAUUUAGGGUUUUCUCUUAUAAAUGAGUGUCCUUUGAAUCUUUCACAACGGCUUUCUCAGAUUUGAGCUGUUGAGAUCUGUGGAUGCUUUCUACUCAGGUCCUCUUGAGUCUUUUUCUCCUUGCCUAACCUUCUAGUUUUAAACCCAUUCUCCGAUUAAUUAGGUUAAUAUAUAUAUAUUUAUUUUUAUAAGAAAAAAAAGAGGGAAAAAAAAGAAUAUAAGGGUUGUUUGUUAAGUAUUUAUAUAGUUGGUGGGUUGAACUCUGUUCCGAUAAUUAAGUGUUAGAAGUAACAAAGUUUUAAAAUUUCAAAUAUUGGGAGUAUAGUUUGAAACCCAGAAAAUGCAGAAGCCUCCUCAUGAAGAUUUCUCUCUCAAAGAGACAAAUCCUCACCUUGGUGGUGGAAAAGUCACAGGGGAUAAGCUUACUAGCACUUAUGAUCUUGUUGAGCAAAUGCAAUACCUCUAUGUGAGGGUUGUUAAGGCAAAAGAUUUGCCUAGUAUGGAUGUUACAGGUGGGUGUGACCCGUAUGUCGAAGUGAGGCUUGGGAACUAUAAGGGUACGACGCGACAUUUUGAGAAGAAGUCUAAUCCUGAAUGGAGUCAGGUCUUUGCCUUCUCCAAGGAAAGGAUUCAGGCAUCAGUUCUUGAGGUCAAUGUGAAGGAUAAGGAUGCUAUUAAGGAUGAUUUCAUUGGUCGCGUUUUGUUUGAUCUUAACGAAGUCCCGAAGAGAGUGCCACCUGAUAGUCCUUUGGCACCACAGUGGUAUAGGCUUGAAGAUAGGAAGAGUGAUAAGGCUAGAGGAGAGUUGAUGUUAGCUGUGUGGUGGGGUACCCAAGCUGAUGAAGCAUUUCCAGAGGCAUGGCACUCAGAUGCUGCGACUGUUAGUGGGACUGAUGCUCUUGCAAAUAUACGUUCAAAGGUGUAUUUAUCUCCUAAGCUUUGGUAUCUGAGGGUCAAUGUGAUUGAGGCUCAGGACUUGGUUCCAAGUGACAAGAGUCGCUUUCCUGAAGUCUAUGUAAAGGCUGUUCUUGGAAGUCAGGCUCUUAGAACUAGAGUAUCUCAGAGCCGGACCAUCAAUCCUAUGUGGAAUGAGGAUCUUAUGUUUGUAGCAGCAGAGCCUUUUGAAGAUGCCUUGAUUUUGAGUGUGGAGGAUAGAGUUGGGCCCAACAAGGAUGAAGUGCUUGGUAGGUGUGCAAUUCCCCUGCAAUAUCUUGACAGGCGGCUGGAUCAUAAACCGAUAAAUACUAGGUGGUUCAAUCUUGAGAAGCAUGUUGUAAUAGAUGGUGAGAAAAAGAAGGAAACCAAGUUCUCCAGUCGGUUACAUAUGAGGGUCUGUUUGGAAGGUGGUUAUCAUGUUUUAGAUGAGUCAACACAUUAUAGUAGUGAUCUCAGGCCGACUGCUAAACAGCUGUGGAAGCACAGCAUCGGAGUUCUGGAACUGGGUAUCUUAACUGCACAGGGUUUGAUGCCUAUGAAGGUGAAGGAUAGCCGUCAGACCACAGAUGCUUACUGUGUUGCCAAAUAUGGUCAAAAAUGGGUGAGAACAAGAACUAUCAUUGACAGUUUCAGCCCGAAGUGGAACGAGCAAUAUACAUGGGAGGUGUUUGAUCCUUGCACUGUCCUCACUGUCGGAGUAUUUGACAACUGUCAUUUACAUGGAGGGGGAGAUAAAGGUGGCGCUGCAAGAGACUCGAGAAUUGGUAAAGUGAGGAUUCGUCUUUCCACCCUCGAAACUGAUCGUGUAUAUACUCACGCAUACCCGCUUUUGGUGUUGCAUCCUUCUGGUGUGAAGAAGAUGGGUGAAAUCCAACUGGCUGUUAGGUUCACAUGUUCGUCUUUGCUCAAUAUGAUGCAUAUGUACUCUCAUCCAUUGCUGCCAAAGAUGCAUUACCUUCAUCCCUUGACUGUGAGUCAGCUUGAUAACUUGAGGCACCAAGCCACUCAGAUUGUGUCUAUGAGGUUGAGUCGUGCUGAGCCACCUUUGAGGAAGGAAGUGGUCGAGUUCAUGUUGGAUGUGAGUUCUCAUAUGUGGAGUAUGAGGCGGAGCAAGGCAAAUUUCUUCAGAAUCAUGAAUGUCUUGGGUGGGAUUAUUGCUGUUGGAAGAUGGUUUGAUCAAAUAUGCAACUGGAAAAACCCCAUCACCACAGUUCUUAUCCACAUCUUGUUCUUUAUUUUGGUCAUGUACCCAGAACUGAUUUUGCCGACAAUAUUCUUGUAUCUGUUCCUGAUUGGAGUGUGGUACUAUAGAUGGAGGCCAAGGCAUCCACCCCACAUGGAUACCCGCCUUUCUCAUGCAGAUUCUGCACACCCCGAUGAAUUGGAUGAAGAAUUUGAUACAUUUCCAACUUCUAAGCCAGCUGAUAUUGUGAGGAUGAGGUAUGAUCGUUUGAGGAGUAUCGCUGGGAGGAUCCAGACUGUUGUUGGUGACUUGGCAACUCAGGGUGAGAGGCUCCAGUCUUUGCUGAGCUGGCGAGACCCAAGAGCCACCGCAUUGUUCGUUAUAUUCUGCCUGAUUGCUGCCAUUGUUCUGUAUGUGACACCAUUCCAGGUCGUGGCUCUUCUAACUGGGUUUUACGUCCUGAGACACCCAAGGUUCCGUCAUAAGCUCCCUUCUGUUCCGCUUAAUUUCUUCAGAAGGUUGCCUGCUCGUACAGACUCGAUGCUGUAAGACCUUGAUGGAUUUGUUUUCCAAUCUUUAGCUGGAUUCAUUUUGGAUGGCACCUGUUUUCCCCCUUGUCAUAAAGAAGCUGCUGACGCUCUGGUGCCCAUUCUCUUUCGGUUAGUGGCUAAUGUUAGAUAUGGGUAUGAUGUUUUACCCCUUUUCUGCAAACUGGUGAAUUUGUGAUUCGAUGUUUUGUGUACCUUGUAGAAUCCCUUGGCCUGUAUGUCGACUAUAUGAGAACCAAAUUUAUGUCUUUGA